GCUACUAGACACCGAGACAGCCCUUGGAAGAUGGAUCAGUAACGUAGCUACUAGCCGUGCUUGAACGCGAACACUUUCCGAGUUUCCGUUUCUCAUUGAUAGGCAUCUGCCAAACCAGCAACACGCAAAUGAAGCAAAAGAUUGUGAUCCAGCUGAGCCUGUCGUGCGACAAGAGCCGGUCAAAAGCCCUUACAGUGGCCGCCAGAGCAGCCGGGGUGACGUCGAUGGAGAUUACCGGCGACGCCAGGGACCGGCUGGAGGUGGUCGGUGAUGGCGUCGACCCGGUGUGUCUCGUCAGCUGCCUCCGCAAGAAGCUCGGCCACGCCCAAAUCAUCAAGGUGGAGGAAGUCAAGAAGCCGGCGGACAUUAAGAAGGAGGACCCGAAGCCGCCCGUGCCCGUGUGCCCGCCGCCGUACUACUGCCCGCCGGUCGGCUACUGCCACCACCAGUACCAGCCGCACAUGGUCGUCUGCGAAGAACAACCCAGCAACUGUCGGACCAUGUAAUCGCCGGAGAACAAUGUUGACAUACUCUAGUUUUGUCAGCAACUAUACUUGCAUACAGGUAUUUUUAAAUU